GUGUUUAGUUCUUGAAAUUCUUAACAAUUUAAUGAAUUACCUGUUAGAUUUUUAUUGCUUUUACAUUAAAACAAUAUCAAUUAAAACAAAUUAUUUGGCAUUUAUUAAAAUAUCGUAAUUUGUCUUUAUAAAUAGAAUAUAAUGUUUUAAACUACACUGCACCUGUGCGUUGUCACCAUGGAAACGGUUUGUUGUGUGAUUGCUAGUAAACAAAUAAUUUUAUGAAUGAGAUAAUGGUUCAUUCAUCAAGCUGUCGGAAACAUUUUGUUGGUUUGAUCAAUAAAAAUUUUCGCUUCCUUUUACCGCCUGGAAGAUGACACUGUAUUUUGACACAAAGGUCCAAUUUUUGGACAGUGAAGCUAUCAGUACCGUCAGUUGUUGGCAUCCAAAUGAGCCGAUAUUUGCGGUGGCAUCUUAUAGCAAUGAAAGAGGUGGAUCCGUUACGAUAUUCGACGAUGCUGGUAUACCUUUAAGAAAUAUCACUUACCCAGUGCAUUCAACAUCGCAAGCCACCGUUCUUACGUGGCACCCGGAGAAGAAAAUAUUGCUAAGUGGCUGGGAGAAUGGUGAGAUCCACGCGUGGUAUGAAGGAAAGCGUGACUUCACGACGAUCAACGGGCCCCACAAGUCCCCAAUUAUGUUGCUCGAGUUUAGUGAAAAGGGUGGCAGAGUCGUUACGGCUGAUGCCAUGGGCGUACUUACUGGGUGGCGUUAUGAUGGUCAUGGACAGUUUUUAACAUUGUUCCAUCAUGAGCUGAGGGAUCCUUUGCUGCAUAUCACGUUCCGGAGGUCGAUUGAAAGCGCAAGCAAUCGAGAGUUGACUAAUCUGGCCAAAGCUGCGGUCGCUGGCGAUGAAGCUGCACUGGACACGCUGACUACCUGGCGGCCACGAACGGCUGUGCGCAAUUUGGCGCAUUCAUCGUCGCAGGAUAACUACUGUUUCUACGCUUGUACCCAGGCCGGCUUCUUAUACUAUAUCAAUCAACAAGGCACAUGCACAGAAAUCGUACGCGGAGAUAGCAUCCCAAUCAUUCAGAUCUUGUGGCAUCCCAAACAGGACUCAAUCGUACUACUGUUGGAAGAUAUUACUAUUGGUCACUACGAGGUAGAUGGCAACGGUCAAAUCACCGAGCUGGAUCGAGUGAAACUAUCGGGAUCGGUGAAAGUGUCUGGUUAUAAGAGCGCUAUUACCUGGGUUGCCGGGGUGGGAGCGGCUCUUGCAAUCCUAACGGGCGAUCUAUCCGUAAGGAUUUGGGACAUCGAAAGCAACGAUAACUACGUAUUAUCGAUGGAAUUAGUGAAUGGUGUGAAUGUUGAUGGGAACAACGCGGUUUCGCGCGCUCCUGCAGUAGAAGUCUUUACUUGUGUUGCCUAUUGCAAGGAAAACCAAACGUUGAGUGCCGGUACAAAUCAGGGAAAUUUGUAUGCAUGGCGGCGCUUGAAUGUUAAUCGGUCAUAUGACUAUCCGGAAAACCAAUGGCAGCUAUCGAAUGUUACACCGGUAAGAGGAACGAUUAAAAGUCUCACCUGGGGGAUAACGGACACAAAUCGACCCUGCAUGAUGGUAAACUGUUUAUCUAGUGUUUUCAUAUUGAAGGAGCAACCGCUGCUAGCUGGACAUACCCGAAAUUUGUGGGCAACCCAGAAAAAAUCAAACCAGCUGGCUCUUGUGUCGCAGAACUCAUUGGCUUCUGCGACAAGUGACACGAAACAGCGAAAGGCGGUGAUGAAAAGCGAUAAUUCCAUCAUCCAUCUUGCAUUGAGUGAAAUAAAUCUUGUCGUAACGAAUGGCCGUACGGUCGCUAUCUAUCGAGUGGGCAGCAUGGGUGCUACCGGCGGUGGCUCUUCCAUCGUGUCCUCAACGACUGGCAUUGAUGAAGAUGCCAAUACUCUGUCCAUCACGCAUGUCGGCAGUUUUGGCGUUGAUUGUGUCGCGAUUUACCUCUACGAGCAGAGCGUGGUAGCCCUCGGAGCAGAACAUGUUAAAAUUUAUUCGCUCAGUGGAGUUGUGCUGCAGGAGAUAUUCUUCAAUGAUAAUGAAGGUAAACCAAUCGGAGCCGAUCUGUUGGGCCAGUAUCUGACUGUCUUCACCCUGAACGGUUACAUCAAGUUGUUUGACAUUUCGCGUCACGAACUCAAGCUGGUACAACCACCGAAAUGUGCGUACGAUUUGUUCGAAAAGUUUGGCGAAAUCAUUUCAGCCAAAAGUAACUCAACCGGAACCUAUCUGGCGCUGACUAUAGCAAAUGAACAGUUGCUUCCGGAUGGAAAGUUGUAUCUCUGGAAUUUGGAAAGUAACAUCAUCCAGUACUAUGAGUUUUCAAGUAAGCUUGACUCAGAUUCGGUUAUUCCGCAUCUGCCGGUAGUUUUUUUCUGGGACACUGAUGACCCGAGGAUGUUAGUUUGCGAGACUAAACCCAUCUAUGGAUCGGGUCAGAAGGUUACUGGGAAAGCUGGAAAUAUUCCUGAGUCGCAAAUCAACAUUAUGUUUGUGGACCAAAAAACGCAAUUAAAGGAGCUUGAGGUAAUAGAAUUAAAUAGUGGCGAUCAGUUGAUAAAUUUGUGCAUACCUCAUGUGGUACUUCUAAAAUUGAAUCAGAUCGAACACAUCCCGCUCCGGGACUUCAAAGGUAUGGAGCAUUGUGAUGUGGUGACUAGAAAUAUGGUUCUGAACUUCAGUUUGAAUGUGGCACAGGAGAACAUGGAUCAAGCGUUUAGUUGCAUUCGGUCACUGAAAUCGGAUACAGUUUGGACUAAUUUGGCUAAACUUUGCGUACAUACUGGUCGUUUAGAUGUAGCAAAAGUUUGCCUAGGUCAUCUCAUGAAGGCUAGAUCGGUUCGCGCCCUUCGAAAGGCUAUGGAAGAUACGACGUUAGAGCAUGAGUGUCGCGUUGCGGUAUUGGCAAUUGAGCUGAACAUGAUUCCAGAAGCAGAAUCUCUGUACAAACAAGUUGGCCGUUAUGAUCUGUUGAAUAAGUUGUAUCAGGCUGCUGGUAGAUUUGAUGAAGCGUUAGAAAUAGCAGAGAAUUUGGAUAGGGUACACUUGAAAAACACAUAUUAUAAAUAUGCAGAGUGGUUGAAAGAAAACGGUAAGACUCAGAAAGCAAUACAAUACUACGAGAAAACGAAUACGCUAAUGCAUAAUGUUAGUCAGUUGCUAAUGGAUGAUCCGGCCUCGUUAAAGAAAUAUAUGCAGACCACGAAGGAUCCUGAGCUGUUGAAAUGGUGGGCACAGUAUAUCGAAAGUAGCGGUGAUAUGGAAGGAGCGUUUAAAAUUUAUCAGAAGUCUGAGGACUGGUUUUCUCAAGUCAGAAUCUUAUGCUUCAUUGGUCAAAUUGGAAAAGCAGACGAGAUAGCCAGAAAUAGCAAGGAUCGGGCUGCUUGUUAUCAUUUGGCAAGAUAUUAUGAAAACAGUGGGAAGUUUUCAGAAGCCAUUCAAUUUUACACACGAGCAGAAACGUAUGGUAAUGCCGUACGAAUAUGCAAGGAAAAUGAUCUCCAAGACGAUCUCUGGACUGUUGCAUGCACGGCGCGACCACGUGAUAAAGCUUCAGCGGCAGCUUAUUUUGAAGAAAAUGGGGACUAUCGACGAGCUGUCGAGUUGUAUCAUCGAGCAGGAAUGCUGCAUAAAGCUGUAGAAAUGGCAUUCAAAUCCCAGCAGCCAGAAUCGCUUCAGGUGAUUGCUUCCGAACUGGAUGCAAGCUCUGAUCCAGAGUUGGUAGGUCGCUGCGCUGACUUUUUCAUCGGGGUUGAGCAAAAUUAUAAAGCUGUUCAGUUGUUAGCAAGUGCUCGACAGCUGGAAAGAGCUUUAAAGGUGGCUGCUGAACACUCGGUACCGCUGACGGAAACUUUGGCGGAGCUUUUAACGCCUACAAAAAAUGAAAUCCCAGAGGAAAGUCGAGUGGCGCUUUUGUUGCAGCUUGGCGAGAUGCUACAAGAGCAAGGUGACUAUCAUUCUGCCACGAAAAAGUUUACUCAAGCCGGCGAUAAAAUUCGUGCGAUGAAAAGUUUAUUAAAAUCUGGCGAUACCGAGAAAAUAAUCUUUUUCGCAGGGAUGUCACGUCAAAAGGAAGUAUAUGUGAUGGCAGCUAAUUAUUUGCAAGCAUUGAGCUGGCAGAGCGAUUCUAAAAUUUUGAAAAAUAUUGUAACUUUUUACACAAAAGGACAGGCCUAUAAUCAAUUAGCGAAUUUUUAUGCCAACUGUGCUCAGGCAGAAAUUGACGAAUUCCGUGACUAUGAUAAAGCUUUAAAGGCUUUGCAGGAAGCAGGAAAGUGUUUAUCCAGAGCACAGCCACCUUCUCAGAAAACCACUGAAACAUUACAACAAGCAGUGAUGGAAGUUCGAAAGUUUAUAGAUCUACAGGACGCUGUAGAAAGAAGAGAGUUCUUAUCAGCAAUCAAAAUAUUGAAGGUUAAAUUAGAAGAUCAGGUUGCCCCACCGGUGAGAAUUUGGGACCUUCUGGCCUUAUUGGUGGAAUGUUUGGUUUCGACCAGCCAAUACUCAGAAGGUCUGUUCUAUUUGAAACAGCUUGCACAGAAGAAGCUGGAUUGGUAUCAACAGGAGUUGAUAGAGAAGAGUUUGUUGGAUAAACUUGUCGCGGAAACAGGUAUCAAUCUAGAGCCUUACGCAAACCCUGGCAGAGUACAGCGACCCCUAACUUCCUCAACGGUGACAAUGAAUAGUGACGACGAAGAAAUUCAGGAAGAGUUUGAAGAUUGAGAGCAAUCUUGUUUAAUUGUCGCUUGUCAAGAAUAAUCGUCAAAAGUUGCGUGACAGUUGUUAACAACAUCUAUUUGUAACGCCUAGUUUUAAGCCCAGACGAAGAGAUUUAGUUUUCUCGAAAAGUGGCAAGAAACCAUCUACUGAUAUGGCUGCCCGAAAGUUUUGUACAAUAUUAAGUUAGAAAAUUGAAAAAAAUAUCAUCACAUUUUAA